GAUCUAGCGGUUUUGGUCAUGUUUUCUGUUAGGAUUUGACGUUACUGUAGAUAUAUAACUUUCUGGGUCCGCUUGCUUGCGCCAUGGCCGAGGAGCAGCCCAAAGUAGAGGCCGCUCAGGAGGGCGGCGAGCAGGAGCAGGUUAUCGACCCUUGGAGCGUGUCCGGUGGCGCUGAUGGCCGCAUCGAUUACAACAAGCUGCUGGAGCAGUUCGGCUGCUCAAAGCUGACUGAGGACCUCGUGGCACGUGUGGAGAAGCUGACUGGCAAGCCCGCGCACCCGUUCCUGAAGCGCGGCAUCUUCUUCGCGCACCGCGACCUGCAAGAGAUCCUGGACUGCUACGAGAAGGGCAUCCCGUUCUACCUGUACACCGGGCGAGGCCCCUCCUCCGAGGCGCUGCACCUGGGCCACCUGGUUCCCUUCAUGUUCACCAAGUACCUGCAGGACGCGUUCGGGGUGCCGCUGGUCAUCCAGCUCACGGACGACGAGAAGUCGCUGUGGCGCGGCCUGGACAUCGAUGAGGCGCGCCGCCUGGCCCGCGAGAACGCCAAGGACAUCAUCGCCUGCGGCUUCGACGUGUCCAAGACCUUCAUCUUCUCCGACUUCGAGUUCGUGGGCGGCGCAUUCUACCGCAACAUCAUCCGCAUCCAGAGGUGUGUGACCAUGAACCAGGUCCGCGGCAUCUUCGGCUUCUCCAUGGAGGACAACAUCGGCAAGAUCGCGUUCCCGGCGGUGCAGGCCGCGCCCUCCUUCCCGGACUGCUUCCCGCACAUGUUCGGCACGCGCAAGGACAUCCGCUGUCUCAUCCCCUGCGCCAUCGACCAGGAUCCCUAUUUCCGCAUGACCCGUGACGUGGCGCCGCGCAUCGGGCACCAGAAGCCGGCGCUGAUCGAGUCCAAGUUCUUCCCGGCGCUGCAGGGCGAGAGCGGCAAGAUGAGCGCCAGCGACACCACCAGCGCCAUCUUCGUCAACGACACGCCCGCGCAGAUCAAGGACAAGAUCAACAAGUACGCCUUCAGCGGCGGUGGAGCCACUGUGGAGGAGCACCGGGCCAAGGGCGCCAACCUGGCCGUGGACGUGCCCUGGAAGUACCUCAACUUCUUCAUGGAGGACGACAACAAGCUGGCCCGCAUCGGCGAGGAAUACGGCAGCGGCCGCAUGCUCACAGGCGAGAUCAAGAAGGAGCUGAUCACGGUGCUCACGGACAUGGUGUCGCGGCACCAGCGGGCGCGGGCGCAGGUGACGGACGAGGUGGUGGACGCCUUCAUGGCGGUGCGGCCCAUGAACGUGGUGUGAGAGCUGCAGAGGUGGGGGCGGGGGUUGCGGGAGUCGUGAGAUUGUGGGAGCGUGCGUGCCGGAAAGUUCUGAGAGGCGCGGGGGGGGGGGGCGCUGGCUCUGGCUGGUGAUCUUGACAGGGUGUGAGGGCUGUUUCCACGCCUGGCGCGUCUGCCAGGUGCAACGCAGCUUCAGAGUUUAGGGUGAAUUGACGGCGUUGUCUGUGUAAACAGCUUUCCUGGUCCUGAGUGUGGAGUUCAGGAGCCCAACCACGUCGACGGUUUAGCUUGGGAACAGUAGGCAGUGGUGUUGCGAAUGCGUUGGACACUGGUGCACGUAAUGUGAAUAUGCGUCAAAGCGUAGGGAUUGAGGUACCGCACGUCGCGCUUGGACGGACAUCAGGAGACAGUCAUGGUGACACUGUGGUGAAGAGGGCGCAGAUAGAAGCAAAUAUACUGGCAUGGCUGCAAUGACAGACUUGCACUGGAACUGGAGGUAUGGUAGCGCGCCGCGCUCUGGAGCUCACAUGUGGUCGUGUGAAGGAUACAGGGUGGCCCACGGUCACGUGGGUGGGCUUGGGACCGCAGAUUGCAUUGGUGACCAGAGGGACCUGCUGACGCGGGUCGCGAGCGAUGUCUCCCCUGGACCUUAGGGGCGUGUCACCUACAACGUCCUACAACGCCGACGACCUACGAAUCUAGUAGUAGGGGUUGCUCUAGCAAGAGCUCCGUUUCCCCAGGCGGCGGAAGCCCCUGUGUGGAUACUGGAGGGUGUGUGCAGGUAUUGGCGCUUGGCGCGUGUGUAGACACACGAGAGCGGUGGCAAGUAGGGGGGCGGAACACGGGACAUUCGGCGCGGGCCGCGCGGGCCCCUCGCAACGAGGCCACUUGGUUCGUGGUUGCAACUUGCCAAUGCACGUAGCUGGGACGCAAUGAUGCAAGCCUGGAUAGCUGAGCAGUGCUUUGGCGAGUCAUGCCACAGGCUGAUACGCGGGAUAAUACAUUGCGUGCGGUCUGCAUGGCAGGGCGCAGUUGCUCUGGUGUAACAGUCACCCAAC